GCUAGUGACGUCGCUGCACUGAGGGUCGAGCUGGAGUCUGCUCGGACUAUUAACGCUGACUUGACUCGGCGGCUGGAUUCACAGGCGGCUGUGAAGGCCGACCUCGAGGAACGGUUGAAGACUGUCGAGGAGGAGCGUGACCGAUGGAAAGCCGAGUCGAAGAAGUCGUCCCCUCUUCUGACCAGCUUCCGGAAGGCGAUGGCCGAGUCUGAAGCUUCCUUGAAGUCGGCCCGCAAGUCUCAGGAUGAUAAAGUGAAGUCGGCUCUCGCUCACGCUAAGGAUCUCGGCAGGCAGCUCAGAGAACGCGACUCGGAGAUUGAGCGUUUGACUCAGCUUCUUUCGGCUCGUGACGCCGAGUACGCUGUGCUCCAGGGGAUCUCGACCAAGCACUUCGAGCAACUGCAGGAGCCGGCUGGGUUACUCAUUUCUGGAAACGCCCAGCCUCUCCGUGAUGCCAAGGCUACCAUCAAACACCAGCGUGAGGUCAUCCUCCGACAGACGCGUGUCCUUUCUCGCAUGGGUCUUUUACCCAUGCAUGAUCCUCACAUGGCUGCUGCAGCUGCAGCCGGGUUGGACGUGCCUGGGUUGAGCCCUGCUGACUUGCAGCUUAAUGCUCGGUUAUGCCGGAUCUUGGCUCAACGUUUCCCGGAGGUGAUGGACAUCCCGGCUGGAGAGACUCGUCGAGUCGAGUUGACCAUCCACCCGCGA